AUGGCAACUGAGGCCCGGAGCGGAGAAGACACUUACCCCGGGGUUACCCAGGCCAUAAGCCACAGGCUCGAGAUUCGAACUCCGGUCCAGAGACUCGAAGCUCGGACGUGCCUGGCCCCAAGGGCUGCCCAGCGAACGCGCGGGCCCCGAAUGCGCCGCCAGUACCCGCGGGGCAGCCUCAGCAGGCCUGGGCGCCCGAGGGGGGGCGGGGUCACGGGCGGGUCACGGCCAUCCCGGGCCCGCAGCGCCCGCGCCCUCUCCCGCGUGCGCGCGCGCCGCUACCCUAGGACAUGUAAAGAUAGCGGAGCCCGGACCGCCAGAAACAACGAGCAGGAAUGGAAAAAAGGCGGGGCUUCGGGAGUCACCGCCCCCCCUGCCGCCCCCCCCCCCCGCCCCGGGGACCGAGGUUCCCGAGGCUGGCCUCAGCGCCGCCGCCGUAAACAAACAAAGGGCGCGAGGAACUCGGACCCCGACCCUUGUCCCCAGCUCUCCAGCGAGAGGCAGGGGCUGGGGAUUGUCCGGGGGUGGGCUUCGCGCGUCGGGGAGCAGCAUCGCUCUCGAGCCACGCACGCAGUCUGCGCACCCCGGCUCCCCGCUCCGGCCGGCGCUGCAGCCAGCCCUCUCCCCGCCCUGCCGGCCCGCGGCCCCGCUCCCUGCUCUCCGCCGGCUGCGGCCGCCUCUCUCCCCCACCUGCAGGCGGAUCGCGGAGUCACGGGCCCCGGCUACCUCUCCAAUACAGCGGCCCCCCGCGGGUCCAGCGACAACGUUCCCCCAGCCGCGUCUGGCGAGCGCGGUCUCGCGUCUGUCUUCCUCUUCCCAGCGGCGUCUCCAGGCUCCCCGCUCCGAGGCUCGAGCUCACAACAAAGAAGGCACGUGAUCCACCCGAGUCAAAACACGGCUUGUCGGCGCCGGCUGGCCAAUGAGAGGCCGCGCCGGGAGCCCCGCGGCAUGCUGGGAAAUGUAGUUGCCACUCCUUCCGGCUCCUCUCUGGUAGUCCUCGGCGAGGCCACGCCCCUCGCGGGGAGGAGAACAGCUGUCUCUGCAGCUGCUACAGGGCAGCUUAUCACCGCCUACAUUUGCCUGCUCAAGGGCGGGACUGAUAAAGAGUCACACAGCAGAAGAACUGUUUGGUGGCGGAAGCAACCUCCACUGCCUAGCGGCUCCAGACGCCUGCAGCCCUCGCUCCCGGCGCUGGUCUUGUAUGGGCACGCUGGACAGCUGGUGAACCGGAGGUUCCGGACACGGGUGAGCGUGCCCUUCAUCUGCCCCUGA